UGACUUCAUCUUUUUAAAUUUCUUUUCUUCUAAAACUACUCUGUGAAAACACCAUCUUAUCAUUAUCACCAUCAAUCGUGCAUCAAGAAUUCAUCAUCAUCAAGUAUCAUCAUCAUCCCCAAGUAUCACAUAAAUCAUCAUCAUCAAUCGACAAUCGUUCAUCAUCAAUAUAAAGUCAACAUCAUCUAAAUCAUCAUCAUCGUUCAUCAUCAAUUCAUCACCACCAGGCAGCAUCUCCAUCGGCGAUUCUUCAUCAAUGGUGGUGGUUGGUUUUUUGGUGGAUGUCGAUGCUGGUGUUUACGGUGGUGGAUUUUGGUGAAAUUGUUGGUGGUGGAAGUGUAUGUUGGUUGUGUAAGUGAUGGUGGUUUUGCAUUGGAUUAAUAGUGAUAAUUAACUUUAGGUAAAAUUGUCUUCAAAAUCUAUACUAAUAUAUUAAAAGGCGUGCGUAAACGAGGAAGGGUGCCACGUGGCGCUCUCCCUAAGAAGUUUUAAUUCAUGUUAUCAUAUCAAAGUACAAUAUUAAUAAAUGAAAAUUUUUCUUACCCGGGGCAUAGUCCGGGCCUAAUAACUAGUUUUGUUUUGUAAAACUCUAAACAAAAUGUUGCAUUUUGCAGCGUUUUUGUUUUGAGAGUUAUGGGCCCAGAACUCUUCUAUAAACCUCUCCUCACCAAACACCGAUAUUAGCGUUUUGACUGAUCAAAACUCUAAAAUAAGUUCAAAACCUCUAAAAGCUCAUGAAAAAGCUCAUUACCAAACAGGGCCUUUGUGUUAGCCAAAACUAAUCUAUUUAUGCAUUCCUUUCUCACCAAAAAAAAAAAAAAAAAAAAAAAAACAGCCUUUCCUUCCUACUGAAGUCCAUUCAAGUGACCCUAUAAUUUGCUAAACACCUUAUCUAGUUAUCUAGACUCUUUACAUUUGCACCCGAUAUUGGUGCGGAGAAAACAUGCCUACCUUAAAUCUUUUCACAAAUGUCCCUGUGGAUGCCGUAGUCGCUUCAGAUAUUCUCAAGGAUGCUACCAAAGCUGUUUCUAAGACCAUUGGAAAACCCGAAUCUUAUGUGAUGGUGUUGAUAAAUGGAGGAGUUCCAAUUGCAUUUGCGGGGACUGAAGAAGCAGCUGCAUAUGGAGAAUUGAUCUCCAUUGGUGGACUUGGCCCCACUGUUAAUGGCAAAUUAAGUUCACUUAUUGCAGAAAUUCUCCAAACUAAGCUAUCUAUUGAUACCUCCAGAUUCUACAUUAAAUUUUAUGAUGUCCAGCGAUCUUUUUUCGGAUUCAAUGGUUCCACAUUUUGAGCUCCUCGCUGUUACAGUCUGGCAACACUAGUCUAGCUCUUUGGAGGAAUUUGGGUGUUGCCACACCAAAUUACACUAGUUUGUAUGUAGUUACUACUUUUUGUGCUGGUUGUAGCAGAAAAUCUAUUCUAUUUGCCUUAGUGCGUUAGCCAUAUUCCCUCUUGGAUAAUACCUUUAUGGCUAACAGUUUGCGCGUAACACCCAUACCAAAAUGACCAAAUUGCGUUCUCACUCUCCUCAAGCUAGUACUUUCUUGUCUAAAGGUCACUGUAUGCAACAGUUUCUUGGUCAUAUUUGUCCUGCAUUAGGUAUAUUAUAGAAGUUUAGAGCUUUUGUUUCUCUUA